ACUGCAAUCUGUCUGCUGCUUUGUGAUCAUUCCACCAGUUCUAUCUGCAUAUCAGUAUAGUACUCAAUCCACCUGCAUAGCCAUGGAUGUCAGGAAGGAAAGCAUCCAGGACCUUUACAGUUAGAAUACAUAUUAUAUUGGCUCAGCCUGGCAGGGAUAUGGCAGCCAUUCGGAAAAAACUGGUUAUAGUGGGUGAUGGUGCCUGUGGAAAGACCUGUCUGCUGAUUGUAUUUAGCAAAGACCAAUUCCCUGAAGUUUAUGUUCCCACAGUGUUUGAAAACUAUGUAGCAGAUAUUGAAGUGGAUGGAAAGCAGGUUGAGUUGGCCCUGUGGGAUACGGCAGGACAAGAAGAUUAUGAUCGACUUAGGCCUCUGUCUUAUCCAGACACUGAUGUUAUACUUAUGUGUUUUUCAAUUGAUAGUCCUGAUAGUUUAGAAAACAUCCCUGAGAAAUGGACCCCAGAGGUGAAACAUUUCUGCCCCAACGUGCCCAUCAUCCUGGUGGGGAACAAGAAGGACCUGAGAAAUGAUGAGCACACACGACGGGAGCUGGCAAAAAUGAAGCAGGAGCCAGUCAAACCGGAAGAGGGCAGAGACAUGGCAAACCGCAUUGGGGCAUUCGGGUACAUGGAAUGCUCCGCGAAGACCAAAGAUGGUGUGAGGGAGGUUUUUGAAAUGGCCACUAGAGCUGCUUUGCAAGCCCGACGCGGCAAGAAAAAAUCUGGCUGCCUUCUGGUGUAAAGCAUGGCCAAGGGAAGAUGGCCCAGGCCGCACCCUGCACUUGAUUAAUUUUGAAGUGCUGUUUAUUAAUCUUAGUGUAUGAUUACUGGCCUUUUUCAUUUAUCUAUACAAAUUUACUUACGAGAUUUACAAAUCAACUCAUCUUGCUACCAGUAUUUAGAAGCCAACUAUGAUUUUAUAACAGUCUGCAUCAGAUUCAUCUGUGCCCAUGAGUAACGUCAGCAUUCCUUUACCAGACAUCUGUGCGUGCAGGGUGUGCCAGGCACUAAUUCGAAGACAAUUCUCGAACUUCUUGCUUCUUUCUAGAAAGAGGGAAAAAGCUCGUACCACUGAGAAUUGGGCUGUAACUACCUUAUAACUAAUGGCCCCGUCAGUGGGGUACAAGGCGGUGCGUGGAGCCCAGAAUAACUGCAGGGCUGUCCUCUUUGAGGGAGACCGGAUCUUUUCAUGGCUGUAGGGUGUGAAACGAGAGUUGGGACGCGCUCUCCGCCCUGAAGUAAGAGUCCCAUCAAGAGGUGACUCUUCUGUGGUUUCCUGUUAGUUACCUUUUCGUUACCAUGUAAUUAGUGCCACUUAAAUGUAUGGUACCAAAAACAAAUCAAUGUGCCCCAGGCUCAGUGCAGUAGUUUUGUAUAAUUGGAUUUCUUAGCACUGCUCCAUGUACUCUCUGCAGAAGGUGUUCUGGGUUUUGUAAGAAAGUUUAUUUGAAAAUAAAGUCCAGUGGAAACAACUGAUUCCCCCUCCCCUCCCCCAUUUGUAAGUGUCUGACCCAUUAAUAUGAUAUCAGUUCUAACUUCUGCACCCGGGAAGAGGGUUUUUUAAUAUGAUCUUCAGGCACCUGCCUUAGGAGCCCGGGAAAGGCAGCUUGCUCACACUCAAGGCAACUGAACAUUUCAGAAGCUUUAAGUUAACCUGCUGGACUCAGCUUCAGGCUAUACAAAAGCAAGUUCUUUAUGUUGCUUGGUUACCACCUGGUGGCCAAAUGCCCAUCUUUGAACUUCUUGCUGAUCUGCAGCCAACUAAACUCUUCUGUAUUGUUUCCUUUUUCCAACAACUAAUAGAAUUAAAGGCAGUUUUCUAAGCUCCUGG